AUGGCCCUCUGCGUGCGCUUCCGGGAGGCUGCGACCGCCAAGGAGAGAUCAAAGGUAGACUGCUCACGAUCAAAAGACAUCACAAUAGAUUAUUUCCCUCCCCACCUACACCACUAAUGGAAGCAACCCGAGCCUACAAUUAAUAAUAAUAAUAAUAAUAAUAAUUUAUUAUUUAUACCCUGCCCAUCUGGCUGGGCUUCCCCAGCCACUCUGGGCGGCUUCCAAAAAAAUAUUAAAAUACUGUAAUACAUCAAACAUUAAAAGCUUCCCUAAACAGGGCUGCCUUCAGAUGUCUUCUAAAAGUCUGGUAGUUGUUGUUCUCUUUGACAUCUGUUGGGAGGGCGUUCCAUAGGGCGGGUGCCACUACCGAGAAGGCCCUCUGCCUGGUUCCCUGUAACCUCACUUCUCGCAGUGAGGGAACCGCCAGAAGGCCCUCAGAGCUGGAUCUCAGUGUCCGGGCUGAACGAUGGGGGUGGAGACGCUCCUUCAGAUAUACUGGACUGAGGCCGUUUAGGGCUUUUAAGGUCAGCACCAAUACUUUGAAUUGUGCUCGGAAACGUACUGGGAGCCAAUGUAGGUCUUUCAAGACCGGUGUUAUAUGGUCUCGGCGGCCGCUCCCAGCCACCAGUCUGGCUGCCGCGUUCUGGAUUUCAGCCUUCCCAGAUGUUUUGGACUACAGACCCCAUCAGCGCAUGGCCGUGAUGGCUGGGGAUGAUGGGAGUUGUAGUCCGAAACAUCUGGAAGAAGCUGAGUCUGGGAAGGUUUAUCUCGGGCCGAACUGCACAUGAUGGUUUAAGACACCUGGAACAGACGAAACUGUCUGCUACUGAGUCAGACCACUGGACAUCUAGUUCAGUAUUGCCCACCCUGACUGGCAGCAGCACUCCUGAGGUUCAGAUCGGCCUACCUGGAGGUGCUGCCAAGUUUUGAAUCUGGCCCCUUCUGCAUUUAAAACCGAUGCUCUUCCACUAAACCUGGAUUUGUUCCUGUAGGAACGCGGAAAACUUCUUCCUACCGCAUAAGACUGCUUUCCCAUCUAGCCCAGUAUAGUCUGCUCGGACAGGCAGCAACUCCUAUGAACAUGAGAAGAGCUCGGCUGCUGGAUCAGGCCAAAAGUCCAUCUAUCCCAUCAUCCCUGCUCUUAUUCCCAGAGACUUGCGCAACACCUGCUACCAGAGCCUCUUUCUAAACCCAGAGCUGCUACAGUCAUACCUCGGGUUAAAUACGCUUCGAGUUGAGCGAGUUCAAGUUGCGCUCCUCGGCAACCCGGAAGUAACGGAGGGCGUUACUUCCGGGUUUUGCCGCUUGUGCAUGCGCAGACGCUCAAAAUGACGUCACGCGCAUGCGCAGAAGCAGUGAAAAGCGACGCACGCAUGCGCAGACGUGCCAUCGCUAGUUACGUUUACCUCUAGAUGCGAACAGGGCUCCGGAACGGAUCCCGUUUGUAUCUAGAGGUACCACUGUACUAAUAAGAAUACAGCAAUUUAUUUAUAGCCCAUCCAUCUGACUAUUGUAUUUCUAAAUAAAAUAGUCCCACAAGCAUCUGGUUGGUUACUGUGGGAGCAGGAAAUUGGACUAGCCAGAUCCAGCAUGUUCUUCUUACAUUCUGAAAAACCAAUUUAAAAAGCCACGAUUAGAUGCUCCUUUCGUUUCCUUUUUGCAGAUCUGCAAAGCGGGCGCCUUCUGCUGCGGCCUCAGCUUGUGCAACCAGCACACCAUCGUCAUCUAUGUGAUUUGUGUCGCGCUGUGGGUUUUCUACUGCUUGCUCAGGGAGAGGGUGAGUACCCACAAUACACUUUGGAAAGAAGACUUGGGUGGCCGAGAGAGUCCAGGGAUGAGCGUGGCCAGACACUCUUCGCAGCCAUAUCUCUGUGGCGCUGUGGUCUAAACCACUGAGCCUCUUGGGCUUCCCGAUCGGAAGGUUGGUGGUUCGAAUCCCCGCGAUGGAGUCAGCUCCUGCUGCUUUGUCCCAGCUCCUGCCAACCUAGCAAUUUGAAAGCAUGACAGUAGAUAAAUAGGUACCGCUCCAGUGGAAAGGUAAACAGCAUUUCUGUGCGCUCUGGUUUCCGUCACAGUGUUUCAUUGUGCCAGAAGUGGUUUAGUCCUACUGGCCACAUGGCCUGGAAAGCUGUCUGUGGACAAACGUGGGCUCCCUUGGCCUGGAAGCGAAAUGAGCGCCGCAACCCCAGAGUCGCCUUUGACUGGACUUAACUGUCCCGGGGUCCUCUGCCUUUUACCUGGGCAUGCAGCAAGGGGCAGAGGUUGCCACCCAAAGUUGCAGGAGGGAGAUUCUAAUAGCUUGGAGGAGGUAACUUGGAACUGGUCCCGUGCAGUGCAACUGACCGAGUGCAAAAUGGAAGACAUCUCUGGGUGGUUUGAGGAAGUGCUAUUCCCCUUGGGACCUGCCCAUAAAAGCAAGCCUACAGUGAAGGGUUACGGGGUUUGCCACUUGGUUCCAGGAACCCCCAUUAUUGUGAGGAGGGGGUGGUUUUGUGAUUUUUUUUUUCUGUUCUGGGAGAGAGCCAAAGUAGAUGCGUGGAGUGUUGGGUGAGAGCCAGGAAGCUGGCAGGUGUCUCAGAAGGAGAAAGAACUGGGAAUAGUCCGUAUUUGUUAGUAUUAAUAGUUUUAUUAUUGCAACUCGCUCUACGCGGGGCUGCCCUUGAAGCUGACCCAGAAACUCCAGCGGGUGCAGAAUGCCGCGGAGAGGCUCCUUACGGGGUCCCUGCCGCGGGAUCACAUUCAUCCAGUGCUUUACCAACUGCACUGGCUCCUGGUGGAGUAUAGGGUCAGGUUUAAGGUGCUGGCUUUGACCUUUAAAGCCCUAUGCAGCCUAGGACCCACAUAUCUACGGGACCGCCUCUCCUGGUAUGCCCCGUGGAGGACCUUAAGGUCCACAAAUGACAACAUUUUGGAUGUCCCAAGUCGCAAGGUGGUUAGAUUGGUCUCAACUACGGCCAGGGCCUUUUCAGUACUGGCCCCGACUUGGUGGAACGCUCUGUCACAAGAGACUAGGGCCGUGCAGGACUUGACAUCUUUCCGCAGGGCCUUCAAGACAGAGCUGUUCCGCCUGACCUUUGGUUUGGACUCAGUCUGACCCUUAUGUUUGCCUCCCCUUAUGGUUUUGACUUUUAAAAUGAGGCUGCAUUUUAAAUUGCAUUUUAACCUGUAUUUUAAAUUGUUUUUUUUUUCCUUUUUCUUUUUUCUUAUUAUGUUUUUACUGUGAUUUUACUGGUGUUAGCCGCCCUGAGCCUGGCUCUGGCUGGGGAGGGCGGGGUAUAAAUAAAAUUUAUUGUUAUUAUUAUUAUUUUAUUCUGUGUUUUUGUAACAUUAUUUGUUGUUUUAGUUUUCUAUACACUGCUUGGAAAGGUUUUUUUAACAUAUUAAAACCAUGUAUAAAAAUACAGCCCUUAUGUUUUUAUAUCUGUUGGAAGCUGUCCAGAGUGGCUGGGACAACCCAGUCAGAUGGACAGGGGACAAAUAAUAAAAUCAUCAUCAUCAUCAUCAUCCCCAUUGUCAUUUCAGACAGCAAAAAAUAGCUCUCUGUUCCCAAGGACCUUACAAUCUAGAAUGGGUUGUUUGUUAUGUAUUAAAGUGCAGUUUUUUAAAAAAACAAACAAAACAACAACAACCAUGCAACCAGUUUUCAUAGGUCCGUUGCCCCUGAACAUGGAGGUUCUGCUUUGCUAAUAGUUAUUGAUAAACAUCUUCCUUCAAGAGCUUGUCUAACUUUAGCCUCAGAAAGAAUGCAAUAAUCCUUUCAGUUGCCCUGUUAGCUGAGUUUUCCUGUCACAGUAAGCUGUGGUUUGCCAAUGUUAGGCUUAGUGGGAUGUCUGAUCCAGGGAUUGUGGGUUCCUCUGCUCCCAAAAAAGCCGUAAUGUGAAGCCAAGAUUUGUUCUUUGCUUACUAAUUAUGGUGUGAGCAAAAGAAAUGAUAGUCAGUGCUUCAGACUAAACGCUAAGCCGCAGGCCAUGGUUUGUGGUUCCUCUCACCCAGUGGAGAGGACAAUCUGUAAACCGUUAACCAUGGUUUACUGUGACAUGCAAACAGAACCGUUGUCUUUUACAGUUAGACAUACACCCAUUCUCUUCUGAAUCCUUCUGUGCGGCUGUGUCCUGGCACUCCAGAGCUAGAAAAAUAAAUGGGAUCAAGCUAUUGACGUAGAGCAUGUUGUGUGGGGUGGGGUGGGGACAAGCCUUAGUUAUUUAAUUUAAUUAUGGGCGAAGGGGGUUGCAGGUGGAAAACCAGCCAACUCUGAUCAUCGCAAAGUGGUUUAUCUCCGCAUUGCAGCGUUUCCCACCACCCAUGGCACAGUUUCAGUGGUGAAACGCGCCACAAACAUGAUCUUUCGGGGAGCCUCUAAUAUUAUUCGCUUCACUUUAAAAAUUCAUCCUGCCAAGCAGAAGAGAUCAGAGCGAUGUCAUUUCCCCCGAGUAAUCCAUGGAGAUGGUGCCGUUUUCAACAUCGCCUUUUCACAGGGACUUAACGUGCAAAUUGAGAGAUCAGUUCUGUGUGUGUCAAUAUAUAUAUCUCCACAUAUUUCCUUUGCCUUGCCUUUCCUCCCCAACCCUUGAUGUUCGAUGGCAAAGUUCCGGCACGACCCCACCGAAAUAAUCACCGUGGUGCAAUUUGGCAUUUUAUUUUAUUUUAUUUUAUUGGUGCAGGAAUUGACCCUAGGCCACAUGCUAAAGUUGACUUUCUGCUUCCUGGCUGGCUGCCUGCCGUAUCUCUACCUGCCUGCCUCUUCCUACCUCAACAAAGCGCGCUGGACCUGGGGAGACCAGACGACCCUUAAGGGAUUUACGACCCAUCUUCUCAGGGAAGAAUACGGAACCUUCAAUUUGGUAAACCGGGGGUUGCGGGGGUGGAGAGGGGCUCCCUUCCGAAGAACAAGAUUUCUCUUAUGUAUCUGGAGUCCGCGUGGCUCCGAAUAUUUUAGACGCACAGCCUGGGAUCCUAGUGGCAGAAGAGCUUUAAAAAUUGUUAUUUCUCAAAUAGCGGUUUCGUAGCCCCUGUGCUUCUUCUUUGGGGUGGCUAAACCGCUUGGUAGCUAGAGAAAUAAAUGCAAUCUCCCUCGUGCCGCUUAAUCGUAGUUAUUUUGUUCUGAAGGGAAAAUGAGCAGGCCGGUGAGGCCGUCACAGCUGCGGUGUGACACUCUGCUCUGCUCGUGUCAAUGGAAGGGGAAGGCUGAACAUAUGCAAUGAAUUGGAGGCAUAGCUGUCAACCAUCCCUUAUUUGGUGGGACAGUCCCUUAUCCUAGCGCUGUCCCGCUGCUGUCCCUUAUUGAUGAUGUCCCUUAAAUUUCUCGGGUUUCAAAGGAAGCAGCUCCUCUCCCUCCCUCCCUGCCGGCCAGGGAGGAGGGAGGCUCCAACUGUAUUGCUUGGCUGCGUUGCUCACCCAAUAAGGAGUCUAAGAAUGACUGGGGGGUGGAGCUUGCAUGCCUUGUGCCAAUCAAAUCGGCCGCGUUGCCUGGGGACUCGCCUUUGCUCAGCGCUUCCCAGCGGAGAGGUGACGGUGGUUUCCCUUGCUACAUCCCCUUUGCCGGGUUGCUGCGCUGUGGGAACCACCGCUUGAAGCUUCGUUUGGCUGCUGGUUGGGCUUUCUGCCUUUGGCUCGGAGGGGCUCAGAAGUUGAACAUACCAGUGCUCGCAAAAUCGCUUAUUUUGGCUGCUGAUCCCUUAUUUUCGAGGCUGCUGGUCCCUUAUUUUCAAAUCUGUAAGUUGACAGCUAUGAUUGGAGGUGCCCUGGGCAAGGGGUGUCCAACUGAUAUCCAGCUGCUAGCAGUUUCCGAAAAGGUAGUGGAUUCGGUUCAGAAAAUGAGGAUAAAUCUAUCAAGGGCUAUGAGCCAAGAUGGCUCGGCUCUGCCUCCACGGUUGAAGGCAGCAGUGCUUCUGAGCAUUGUCUGGAAACAGCAGGAGGGGAGAGGGGUCCUGUGUUCGAAUCCUGCUCCCUGGUUUCCCACAGGCAUCUGGUUGGCCACUGUGAGAACAGGAUGCUGGACUAGAUGGGCUGUUGGCCUGAUCCUGUAUGCUCUCCUUACGUUACUGGGGCCAGCACCAAGUGACUCUGAGGAAAGUCUGCGAUAAGGGAGGACAUGCCAGUGGCGCAAAAAAUUAUGCGUGGAGAAAGUGUAUGGGGAUUUUUUUCCCUCUCUCCUUUUCUAGAACUUGGGACCCUCCGACAAAGCUGAAUGUUGGCAAAUUCAGGACAGGGAAAAUAAAGUGUACUUCCGCCCAUGGAGUUGGCUCUGACAAUAUGUAAAAAUCCUGGGGUUGACCUCUGGAAAAAGAGGGCAGGAACCUAUUGCAGCAUUUGUUGAGUGUUUUUCUUUCCUGUGUAGGCAAAAUUAGAGAAUGGAUCGAGUAUGGCUGAUAUAUUGCUGUAAGUGAAUCAUUUAAUUUCUUUCUUGGUCUGGGAGGGCUCAUAACAAAAUCCUACACUGGUGACCUCUUCUUCUUCUUCUUCUUCUUUGUCAAAGAGAAAAACGACUACCAGACUUUUAGAAGACAUCUGAAGGCAGCCCUGUUUAGGGAAGCUUUUAAUGUUUAAUAUUGUAUUUUAAUAUUCUGUUGGAAGCCGCCCAGAGUGUCUGGGGAAACCCAGCCAGAUGGGCGGGGUAUAAAUAAAUUAUUAUUAUUAUUAUUAUUCUGUUUAUUAUAUGUAUAUCCUUCUUUUUUCACUGCUAGGGACUCAAGGCAAUUGAUAAAAAUAGGAGCUGCUAAAAACAUAGGGAAAAUCAUUUAAAAUCCAAUUAAACAUUGAUAAAAUUAUAUAUAUACACACAUCAUACAAAUAAUUUUAAUAAAAGCAGCACGGCGCACCAACCCUUUUAUGAAAAAUGGUCCGUUCCCCAAAGCACAUUGGAAUAGAAAGGUCUCCAUCUGCCGGCAGAAGGAUAACAAGGAGGGAGCCAGGCUGGCUUCUCUAGGGAUAGAGUUCCACAUUUUUGGAGCAGCCACACAGAAGGCCCUGGGGAUUAUUCGGCUGCAUCAGGCAGCAGCAUUUUGACUUCCCACAAUACCACUGAUGUAAUAACAUUGUUCCAGGGCAGGGAUUCUCGGGGGGUUGAUCUCCGUGAAUUCUCACACAGCUGACCACCUUCAUACCUCCUGGAACCAAUGUGCAGAUUGGAACUUCAUUGUCCACGGGUCUCUUGCACUUCCCAAACAUUUUGACAUGUCAGAAUGUACAGUCAUACCUAGGGUUACAGACACUUCAGGUUGUGUUUUUUCAGGUUACGGACCCACCAAAACCCACAAGUACUGGAAUGGGUUACUUCCGGGUUCCGGCAGUCAUGCAUGCGCAGAAGUGCUAAAUCGCGCUUUGUGCAUGCGCAGAAGCGCCGAAUCGCAACCCUCACGUGCGCAGAUGCGCCUCUGUGGGUUGCGAACAUGCAUCCCGCACGGAUCGUGUUGGCAACCCGAAUGUCCACUGUAUUUAAAAAUGAAAAUACUGAUGUAACAUUGGACAUCCAUGUUUUGAAAGAAGAUGCUUUUCAAAAAAAUGAGUUUAACAAUCUUUAAACACAUUUUUGAGAGGAUUAAUGUACAGAUGGGGAUGCGGGUGGCGCUGUGGGUUAAACCACAGAGCCUAGGACUUGAUGAUCAGAAGGUCGGCGGUUCAGAUCCCCGCAACGGGGUGAGCUCCCGUUGCUCAGUCCUUGCUCCUGCCAACCUAGCAUUUCGAAAGCACAUGAAAGUGCAAGUAGAUAAAUAGGUACCAUUCCGGCGGGAAGGUAAACGGCGUUUCCGUGCGCUGCUCUGGUUUGCCAGAAGCAGCUUAGUCAUGCUGGCCACAUGACCUGGAAGCUGUACGCCUGCUCCCUCAGCCAAUAAAGCGAGAUGAGCGCCGCAACCUCAGAGUCGUCCGCGACUGGACCUAAUAGUCAGGGGUCCCUUUACCUUUACCUUUAAUGUGCAGAUGAAUAUGGCAAUUGGACGGUGUAGACGUCUGGGAAACCACAGUUGAAUUUGACGCAGGCUGCGUCAUUUCACCCUGAAACACCAUGGGAGCCAGCGGCCAAAUAUUCAUUGGAACCUCGGGCAAAAUAGGUCUUUAAAGGGUGGCCCAGGGCAGGUGUCAACUGUGGGCUAUGCAGGGCCCCAACUUAGUCGUCCCAGUUGUCAGAAUAGGACAUCAUGACUUCCACUCCAUGGCUUCUGAGACCCCGUGAUUUUUCUGCCAGCGGUUGUACUGCUGUGAUUUGUGGAUGCAUUGAUCUGACGGCUGUUGCAACACCUGCUUUUAGCUAUUGCACUACCAAUAUUUUGACUUUUGAUGCCUUUGCAGCUUCCAAGUGACUGACAUGAGGACGGAGCUCUCCGCCAUCGCCCAAGCCCUUGCUAUCAUCGCGUGUUUGUGUGCAGCAGUGAGGUAGCGGCCGGUUUUUGUUCGUGGGUUUACUCUUCAAAAAGUUGUUCCCGUAUCCUCCUCCGUUGUGCAUUGCUAAAACCCAGGCCUUUGUGGGGCGUUUGGACCACUCCCUUAUUGUACCGAUUAGUGAUUUUAUGGCUGUGUAGCUGAUUUAUUUCAUUUCACUGCAGUCUUCGUAUUCCACCCUGGGAACCUUGUUUGAAGCGUAGUUUUAACGAUCACAUUAAAAAUAAUGAUUUAAGCCAACAGCAACCACCUUUCGCCUGGCUUUCUUUGGAAUCACAUCUCUGAUGUACCUUUCGUGAUGUUAGUUGUGUGUGCUGCAUCUUCUGCCGUUCUUCAAUUAAAACACAGCUUUGUCAUUUGCAUUUUUCCACCUUAAUCACUCUCUUAAUCACAGUCUCUCUCCCCUCUCCUCUUCUAGGCCCAAGAUGGAGAAGCCAAAUUUAGUCUGGCUGUUCACUUCAAUGCUCCUUGCCUAUUCAUUAUUCUUUGCUUGGAGAGCAAAUCUGGAUAUUUCAAAGCCGCUGUUUAAAGGAGUGGUAUGUUUGCUUUCAAGGUUGCUAUUUAUGUUGUUGUUUUUUAAAAAACAAAAUGCAUGGUUUUAAUUUAAUUUAAAGCUUAUUUCAGGAUAUAGAAAUUGCUCUGCGAUGUCUGAGCAGAGAGAUGAAUGUCUGGGGGAGGGAGAGAAAAGUUAAGGGCGAAAAAAGUAUUUUUCCAUUUCCCUCACAAAGCCCAUUUCUUGGCGGGGGGGGCGGUUCUGGAAAAAAAUGAAAAAGAAAAAGCACUGUGACAUGUGAAAGGCUGUAGAAGUUUGUUUCAAUCUGGGCAAACUUUCAGCUUUUAGAAAGUCUGUGAUAGAUAGGGUGACAAAUAAGAAGAAGCAAAAAGAGAAACUGAUAGUGAUAUCUCAGAUAAUGAGACUGAUUAAAUUUAUAGUAUUCAUCAACUCUUGGUUCCUUCCCUUUUUCGCAGAAAACAUGUUAUGGACAUGAGUGUUGUAUCUCUGCUUGACUUUGUUGAGGACUGGAGAAAACCUAAUAAUUUUCAGCAUACCUUAUACUUUUCUCUUUUUUCUAUAAUGUUGAUGUGUUCCCUUGUUUCUGCUCCUUAUAAACUGGCAAAAUGAAAGAAGAUGCCAGGUUGUAACUAAAAUUACAUGCAACUAAAAUUUAAACCUGAAAAUUUCACCUGUCCCAGGCAGAGAUUACCUUCUUUGCUGGUGAUGCUAGGGAUUUAACCUAGGGCUUUCUGCACAUGCUCUGCCAGUGAGCUGUGGCCCUUCCUCUAGAUUUUGGAAAAUCGAAAGACAAUCUCCCAGGUCUAUAUUCACUAAAGCUGAACUCCAUGCAGCGUUUUGCAAACAUGCAUUGUGUGGGAGAUUUGCAGUCAAACCUAACAGUGCUAGUUAGUAUGUGAAGGGGUUAAGGACCACAGAGUUCUCAAUUACUAGAGUAGCCUCUGUGAUGUCACAUCCUUUCUCUGUCUCUCUAUCACGCUGCAAGCAAGGAAGCAGAAAUACAUCAACUUUGUUCUCUGCCUCUCAUAUGUAUCUGAGGCUGCUUUGCUGUAUAUAUUUCAUCUAAGCACAUUUACCUGCAUUUUAUUGUUGCUACUAAGGAAAAUUCAACUCUGAGACCUAGUGACUGUAAGUAAAACAUUUUAAACUUACCUUGCAGUCUGUGGUCUUAAGGCCAGGUGCCUUAAGAGCUGGGAUGUAUUAAAAAGGUUUAAAAACCUAUUCUUAGGCGUCAGUAAAUCUGCCUAACAGUGAGAUUUAAACUCCAGUACUGGGUCUCUUUAGGUGCAAGCCCUGCAUUUUAAAAACAGGCACAAGCCAUUUUGUGUUAAUCCAAACACACAGGUCUCUAGAGAAUCAGUUAUAAUUAAUAUAUCCUUACUAUGAUACCUAGGAUAGCUCAGUUGGUGGAGCAUGAGCCCCACGUUGGGCAAAAGAUUCCUGCAUUUCAGGGGGUUGGACUAGAUGACCCCUGUAGUCCCCUUCCAACUCUGCGUUUCUAUGAGUCUAAUACCCAUCACAUUUCUACGCAGUUGGGGAAACACUGUCUGUCUGUCCUUCCGCAGGUCGAGCGAUUCUGGAUGCAGAGCAAUGCGGUGGUUGCUGUUCUAGCCGGCCUCGGUUUCUCUUCGUUUUUCGCUUUUGCAGAGGGGGUAGCUGGAAACAGGCGAGUGCUUCGCUGCCUGGAAUGGCUUCUUGCUGCCGUUCUGGUUACCGGGCAGAUCUGCUCUAAUUACAGGUAACUGCAAGAAAGAGCACAGUGGGUUCAGCUUUGCAGAGUGGGCUUAAAAGUCCAAUUAGCAUCGUGUUCAUUUCCCACUGUUCCCUCAAGUGGUUCAGGGCAGCCACACCUGCUUCUCGCUUCCUUAUUUAGCCACGCAACUCGUGUUGUAAGGAGGCACCGUCUUCUGUUCUGCCUUGUAUCCAUCGCAUGCAGCGCCGCUUCCGUUCCACUGCAGUUCGCCUUUCGCCAAAUGCUACGUUAUUCAUCUCGCUGCCUCGCUGCUACAUCCCAUUCCACCCUGGGCAAAGGAAAGGGAAUGCAAACAGGGAGGGGGACAUAAUCAGUUACAUAUCAGAAGGAGCAGGAACAACAACAAAUCCCGAACUGGUUUGAUUUCCAUUCUGGACAUGGGACAUGUAAGCAACAUCAGCCAUUUCCCCUUCCGUUUCCAUUUCCAUUGAAAUUGUCUGAUGUCCCUACUCACAACACCCUUGCCAGAUAGGUUAGGCUGAAAAAUAGCAAUUGGCCUAUUUAUUACUAUUACUAUUACUAUUACUACUACAGUUUUUUUUUUAUUCUUUUAUUCGUACCCGGCCACUCUAGGCAGCUCCCAACAAAAUACAGUGGUACCUUGGGCUAAGUACUUAAUUCGUUCCGGAGGUCCGUUCUUAACCUGAAACAGUUCUUAACCAGAAGCACCACUUUAGCUAAUGGGGCCUCCCACUGCCACCGCGCCACCGGAGCAUGAUUUCUGUUCUCAUCCUGAAGCAAGGUUCUUAACCCGACGUACUAUUUCUGGGUUAGCGGAGUCUGUAACCUGAAGCGUAUGUAACCUGAAGCGAAUGUAACCCGAGGUACCACCGUAUUCACAAUGAAACAUCAACCAUUAAAAACUUCCCUAUACUGUACAGAGAGCUGCCUUCAGAUGUCUUCUAAAAGUCAUAUUGUUGUUUAUCUGUUUGACAUCUGACGGGAGGGUGUUCCACAGGGUGGGUGCCACUACUGAGAAGGCCCUCUGCCUGGUUCCCAGUAGCUUCACGUCUCGCAGUGAGGGAACCACCAGAAGGCCCUUGGAGCUGGACCUCAGUGUCCAGGCUGAACAAUGAAUGUGGAGACGCUCCUUCAGGUAUACAGGGCCUAGCGUGGAUCUGAACCCAGGUCUCCCUUCUUGUAGUCCAAUCAUCUUGCUACGCUAGCUCUUGCUUAGAACCCUUUAAGACUUCGCACUGCUUGGGCAGGAUGGGAGCGUCUUCUAAAAACGUGCCACCUGGGAUCUUAGCAAAAACGCUGCAUCAGGGCAGUGCUGGAUUUACUUAUACGCUAAACAAGCUAUAGCUUAGGGCCCCACUCUCUUGGGGGCCCACCCAAAAUUAUGAGUCUUUGUAAAUUUUGUUUCUAAAGGAACUUUUGUUAUUGCCAAAUGCCAAUGUGUUUGCAUUAUGAAGUUUGCUAUGAAUAAAAGAUCACUUAAAGUUAGAGCUUAAUAAUUAUUUUACUAUUAAUAUACAGGGUGAGGCCCCGUGGAUACAGAGUACACAUGUUCCACUGGGCCUCUUUUAAAAGACUCACCUUGUACUUCUUCUUAAUUGUAUUUCACUAUUAAUAUAGAAAGGUAAAGGGACCCCUGACCAUUAGGUCCAGUCACGGAUGACUCUGGGGUUGCGGCGCUCAUUUUGCUUUAUUGGCCGAGGGAGCUGGCGUACAGCUUCCAGGUCAUGUGACCAGCAUGACUAAGCUGCUUCCGGCAAACCAGAGCAGUGCACGGAAACGCCGUUUACCUUCCCGCCAGAGCGGUCCCUAUUUAUCUACUUGCACUUUGACGUGCUUUCGAACUGCUAGGUUGGCAGGAGCAAGGACCGAGCAACGGGAGCUCACCCCGUCGCAGGUAUUCAAACCGCCAACCUUCUGAUCAGCAAGUCCUAGGCUCUGUGGUUUAACCCACAGCGCCACCCACAUCCGUCCACUAUUAAUAUACUUCUUCUUAAUUGUAUUUCAGUUCAACAAUUACUUUGAUAAAAUACAUAUUUUGUUAUGUGCAAAUGGUUUGAGAUACCCAUUAGGUCCAUAAAUUACCAUGUAUCAAAUAUUCAACACAAAAAAACAGCAACAAUUUGUUGUUGACAAAGGACAGCUGGACAUAUAGCCGGCCCCAUUACCUUCAGUAGCUUAGGGCCUCAUCAAACCUAAAUCCAGCCUUGCAUCAGGGCAUCAAAACUAGUUCCGCCAUUGACCAUCCAAAGCUGCCGUCUGCUGAAUGAGAUGAUUGGCUCUAUUUAGGCCAGGGAAUCUUUGCCCCUCCCUAUGUUUUAAAUGCAACUCCCAACAUCAGAUGCUGGCUGGACCUGCUGCGAGAUUGACUCCAACAAGUCCUCCAUCUCUGGUCGAGUUCAUCUCUGUCUGCUGAAGGGAUGUGGAGCCUUGUUCCUUUGCAAACUCCUUUGCCAGAGGAAAUAAUAAUAAUAAUAAUAAUAAUAAUAAUAAUAAUAAUAAUAAUAAAAAAUAAUUUUAUUUAUAUCCCGCCCUUCCCGGCCAAAGGCAGAGCGGCUAACAUCAUACAAGUAAGACAAGCAAUCAAUAAAUUAAGAUACAUCCCACAAUUAAUUCAGUAGUGAUGCCCACCAAUUUGCUUGGCUUUUAUAAUAAUAAUAAUAAUAAUUUUAUUUAUACCCGCCCUUCCCUGUUCAGAAAACCAGGCUCAGGGCAGCUAACAACAAAUUUAAAACACUUAAUUGAUGCAACAAAAUACCGUAUAAAACGUCAAUAACAAUAAAUUCAGGAUUCAAAAAUCAAUUUAGGGGGGAAAUCCAUCCAAUAAACAUUAGAUGAUCACCAGGGCUAGACAAAUUCAUGGAGGACAGGCUAUUGAUGGAUACCAGCCAUGAUGGCUAUGCUUUGCCCUCCACUGCUGGAGGCAGCAAUUAUUCUGAAUACCAGUGUCUGGAAACCAUGGGAGGGGAGAGUCCUGCUCUUGAGUUCGAAUUCUGCCUCCUGGUUUCCCACAGGCAACCGUUCAGCCAUUGUGGGAACUAGAUUGUACCCGCCAUUGUGCUGGACUAGAUGGGCCAUUGACCUGAUCAAGCAGACGCUAUAUAUAUUCUUAUGGAAAUUAAUGUCAGGGAAGUUUUGUAAAUUUCUCUUCCUCUGCCCUCCACAUUCCUUUUUCCUUGCCUCUUACGGAUAAUAUGCCUGAGGGCGGGCCUGUGUCAUUUUUCUACGGGACCGCCUCUCCUGGUAUGCCCUGAAGAGGACCUUAAGGUCCAUGAAUAACCAUAGUUUAGAGGUCCCGGGCCCUAAGGAAGUCAGACUAUCCUCCACCAGGGCCAGGGCCUUGUCAGUGAUGGCUCCGACCUGGUGGAAUGCUCUGUCCCAUGAGACUAGGGGCCCUGCAGGAUUUAACCUCCUUCCGCCGGGCCUGUAAGACAGAGCUAUUCCGCCUGGCCUUUAAUUUGAAUUCAGCCUGAUCUUUUAUUUCCCUUCUCUUCCCUCCCCCUCCCCUUUUAUGAAGAUCACCCGCUCUGAGACCCCACAGCUAAUUCUCCCCUGGCCUCCUCGCUGGCCCAAGUAGGACCAAUUCAGCCAGCUAGCCCUGGGGAUUAUCUAACUGAUUUUUGAUUUUUAUUGUUAUUCAUGUUUUUAUACUGUAUUUUACGCUGCUUUUAUAAUUAAGUGUUUUAAAUUUGUUGUUAGCCGCCCUGAGCCCGGUUUUUGAACCGGGAAGGGGCGGAGUAUAAAUAAUUUAUUAUUAUUAUUAUUAUUAUUAUUAUUAUUAUCGCAUUGCAUGUAGAGAAUGUCAGGUCCUUAAUAAAUAAACACUAAGCUGCCCGGUGGCCUGUCAUUGCUCUUGAAAGGGUUUGCAAAUGCUACAAAUCCUGGGAUUCAAAGCCACGCUGUGUCUGCCACUCCUGUUUAUCUAGCUGAGCUACUUGGGGAUGGACUAAAAGCAACACAAAACAGCUUUCCCUUUUCUUUCCCAUUAUCUCUUUCCGCCCAGCGUCUGCGACCAAAGCCGCAACUACGUCGUCGACCGCUUUGCGAGGAACCUUUUGUCCUCCAUGCCUCCAGAUGCCAUCGUCCUGCUGAGAGGGGACUUGCCCGGCAAUUCUCUCCGUUACCUCCAUUAUUGUGAGGGAGUGAGACCUGACGUUACCUUGGUGGACCAAGAAGUAGGUGGAAAGCGAGGUUUGCAUACUUUACAGAGUGUGAGAUGACAGUUCCUUGCAAGGCAUGGGAACACGAGAAGCUGCUGUGCUGGCCAGACGUUGGUACAUGUAGCUCAGUCUUGCUGGUGCCGAGAGCAGUUUAAACCAGAGUUUCAGGUCAGGCAGGUGACACUCCUGGCCAGGGCCGGAUUUAGGUUUGAUGAGGUCCUCAGCUACUGUAGGUAAUAGGGCCCUUUAUAUGUCCAGCUGUCCUUUGUCAACAACAAAUUGCCACUGGUUUUUGUGUUGAAUAUAUGCUAUAUGGUAAUAUAUGCUAUAUAUUUUGUGUUGAAUAUAUGCUAUAUGGUAAUUCGUGGACCUAAUAGGUAUCUAAAGCCAUUUGGACAUAACAAAAAAGUGUAUAUUGUUGAACUGAAAUACAAUUAAGAAGAAGUAUAUUAAUAGUGAAAUACAAUGUUCUAGGGGUUGUUUUUAGAAGUCUGCAACGGAUUAAUCCAUUUUGCAUUACUUUCUAUGGGAAAGCACUCCUUGGUUUUGGAACGCUUUGGUUUUGGAACGGACUUCUGGAACGGAUUAAGUUUGAGAACCAAGGUACCUCUGUAUAUAGAAAUGAGCAAACCAGUGAUAUUUUAGGGAGCAGGCCAGCAGGCGGGGCCCAUGACUUACAUCAUAGGAGCCUAUACAACACAAAACACUGUUCCUGUAUGUAGGUUUUAUUUUAUUGGGUUUUUUAUCUUAUAUUUUGAAAAUGCACAUCCAGUUUUUUCUCCUUUAAUUUUUUUUGCCCCCCCCCCAAGAGAGUGGGGCCCUAAGCUAUAGCUUGUUUAGCUUAUACGUAAAUCUGGCACUGCCCCCAGCCCUGCCAGUUUGCAUUUCUUAGUGCAGAAAGUAUUGAUCUGAUGUGUAGAGAUCUUUCCUAAUCUACUUAAUUCAAGAGGCUUCUGGAAGGACAGGGUCCAGGCAGGAACUACAACCAACAAUGUUGCUCCCGCAACUUGGGACUGGGACUGGCCGGCUUUUAUCUGCGGCCCCGAUCCUCUGGUGACUCGCCUCUCCUGGUCUGGAGGCGAGCACUCCUCCUGCAGGAACUUAGUUCCCUCCGCCUCUCUGCCCUGAGCCUCUGCAGCUCAGGAGAGGCUGGAGGGUCACCGGACCCAGAGGCAACCUCACCUUCCCCUGACGGGGCUGAGAGUGGAGCACCUGCAGGCAAUGGGUCCUCCAUCACCUCCGGAGCCAGAGCAGACUCAGCUGGUGCCUGCACCAGAGGAUCCAGCACAGGUGAGGACCCUUCAGGCUCAAGCCCCAGCCCCGGCUCAGCUGGUUCUGGAGGCGGGGACUCCUGUGCAGGCUGGGAUCCCUCAGGUUCAGCAUCUGAGUCCGAAUCCCAGGCCAUCACAGCAGCCUUAGUGUCAGUUUUUAGGUAUGUUUAUUUACAUCGAUGGUGCUUCGGGUCGGAGAAGCCCACAGGCCUCGUCUUUAACUUCAUCUCGUCUUGCCUGCGCUAG